AUGGCAUCUCGAAGUGUGUCGCCUGGUGGUGCUCUCCUAAGGGCAUCAAGAGUAUUCUCACUUCCUCCUCCACUUCCACGGCCGAUGGGCGAACUGUCAUCAGCAGCAGUAUUCAACUCCGACACUGCAACCCUCCCCCAUCCGAUCCACCAGACAAUAACAACACCACCAUCAUCACUCGCCAGAGGAGACUGGGGAUUCAAGAGACCACUACCUCUUCGAUCGACUACGAAAUCGUCUACUCCUUUCAUACGAGUCGAGGCAAUCGACACCUUCGAACACAUCACGGAGUUCAAUUCGUCGGCAGACCAUUCGAUAACUCUACAAAAAUGGCAGGAAAUGGGAGUGCCACUGACAACGGCCAUACCGGACACAAACCGAGGAGACUUUAGGGCAGGUGAGGUCAGAAGUGUCUUCGAGAGCGGCCUUGACUCAACAGGGGACUCGAAAGGAAGUAAUCUUGGGAAGGAAGACACGCGGUGGAAGUUCAAAGGCCCGUGGCUAGCAGGACAAACAGAAGGAGAUUUCAACGCCUUUCUCACAUCCGAGGUUCGCAAACGAAAGUCAGAAUUCCAACAGUACUUAAGAACUGCAUGCACACACGCCUUGACAGCAGAGGCCCGGCACUCCGCAGAAGGAGAAAUGCCUCCCGCAAUCGAGGAGAGCGAAAUCACCGAAGCCCAAUUCACAGAAUUCGUAAAAGGGCUCCGAAACACCCGCGCGGAACUGUACAAGCACAUCAGGGACUUUUUGGACCUCCCGCCCGCGCCGGCAAAGAAGGUGGAUAUCGAGCAACUCCUCCGGAACAACGGUGUCAACAUCCCUGACAACAACGUCCUCCCACCCUCGAGAUCUCCUUACGCAGAGACUGGCCCGCCCAAGACACAUCCCUCAGCAGGCCUGUCCUACAGUCUCACGAACGCACAUACCUACAACCAUCCCGUCUGGGGCCCACAGAAGCAUCCCGCACCAGUGCUGAGUCGCGUCGUGAUGCCCAAGAACGCAGCAACAGGGCAAUUCGGCGCCGCAUUAGGUGUGGGCGGAUUCGUGACCGAGCUACCAGCCGGCCAAAAUUCUUUCAAUCUCGGCGGCUCAGGCAGAUACAGUAGGCAGACGAGAACCAAAGAGACGCCGGGCACGAUCACCGUUGAUCCAACGAAGGUCGGCGGUAGCAAGAUGUGGGUACACCCCACCAAAGCACACGUCGAUCCGAAGGGCCGUGUUGUCUUGACUGUUGAGUCUGGGGACCCAGAAGCUGUUGCCGUGCAUCAGGGGACGACGGACCAGAUCCCUGUUGUGGCGACGCCGAAACUCAGCUCGAGGACAUAUGGUAUGGGUGCUGCGCCAACAUUUGACAAUAUGGGAUAUAGAAGGAACACGGGGAGGGGGUAUGGAUUGGAUCUUGGUGGGAAGUUGGAGGAGCAGCCAGUGAGGAGAGAGAAGCCUGGAAAGCAGGAGGAUCCUUUUAGCCAGCUGACGGGGUUGAUGUAA